AUGCGGGCGGGCAGGCAUUCCUCUCCUUUCGCCCCUCUCCCCCCUCCGCCACCUCUUCUUUUUUCUUUUUUUCCCCCUUUCAUCUCACACCUUCCGACCCCUUCUUUUGCUCUCCUUUCCACGCUUCAAAGGGUUGAAGGAAGAGUAGCAGGACGACAGAGAGAAGAACAGAAGCAGAAGAUAGAACCCGUAGCAGCAGACGACGAGCUCGGUCUCGCCUCCUCGCGCAUCGAAGAUCUCGUCCGUCUUCGCGCUCAACCGACCAACCCCCCCGCAUCCUACACCAGUCGCCAGAACCGGACCGCACGUUCCCGCGCUGGGUCAACAUGUGAGCUGAUCAUUCUCCUCGGUGAACUUAUCGUCUCGCGUUGCCUUGGGUUCCUGCUUCGGCGAUGAUCCACCUCUGGCAACCUCAUCGGCUCGUCCCACCUCGGCCUUGACGCCGAGCGACGACCUCACCACCGGACCCCACUCGACCUCGAACGAGCCCCAGCUUCACAGCGACAUCACCCUAUAUUUUGGUCUCCUCUCUAAAGAUCCCCGCAACUGACACCCCUCCCCCUCGCCUCGCCUCCCACCCCAGGUCGAUCCCUCUCUCUCGCAAAGGCUGCUUCAAGUGUGGUUCCUUGACCCGUAAGGCUGUCAUAAUCACCCACAUUCACAAUUGGGAUGGGCAGACACUCAUCCAUGUAUCGACUUCCUACAGACAUCGCCGAGAACUGCAAUAGCCCCACUCGCUUGUGGUAAGUAUUCAUGCCUCUCUCUCUCACGUUCGCCAAAGUCCGAGUCGUCGCGGCAGCAAGAGCUGGCCCUGGAGUCCAUGUCCCAUUUCAACUUGCAUUCAGAGCAAGCUGACCUCGCUCGCAAUCGCUUCCCAGCUACAAUUGCAAGAGUCCCGACCACGAGUCCAACGUCUGCCCCGAGCCCCGUUCCAACGACAGCAAGCAGUGCUAUGGAUGCAGGUCUGUGGUCGGCUCGAGGCUCAUCAAUCGAGUGACCAAGUCUGAUGCAGACCUUUUAUCGCCGGCACAGUGGAAUCGGUCACUUGGCUUCAGAGUGUCCCACCUUGCGCCAAAAGUCAGUCUCGGCGUCCCCCCACCUCCCAGCUCGGUGCGAACGAUCUGCCCAUCGCUUACCGUCUUCUCCUCCCUUCGCGCAGCGCCUCGAUCGGUGGUCAAAAGUGCUACUCGUGCGGUCAAUUCGGCCACAUCGCCCGAUCGUGCCCCAACGCCGAAGGUGGUGCCGUCCCUUCGCACCCCAAUGGACCGCCGCCGACCGCCGUCCAACGUAACGGCUUCGUACCCCGCGGUGGAUUCCGAGGUGGUUUCCGCGGCGGUUUCCGAGGUGGAUUCCAACCGUUCGGAGGAAUCGGUGGUCGAGGAGGAUUGAACAACCACGUCGGUUUCGUCGGUCGUCCCGGAUCGAUUUGUUACAAUUGCGGUCAACCGAACCAUCUCGCCAAAUUCUGUACCGCACCUCCUCAACAGAAUGGAGCGAUCGGUGCAGGCGUCAAGGGGGUGGGAGUAGCGGGGAUGGGUGCGCCUCGUCCACCCAAGACGUGUUAUGCUUGUGGUGUGGAGGGACAUAUCGCGAGGGAAUGCCCAACGGUCGUCGCGACGACUUUGGUCGGCGCUCCGGCGGUGACGACGACGACGACGAUUGCCGAUCCGACUGCGACGACGACGAAUGCACCGGACGAGAAGCCGAAUGUCAACGUUUGA